UGGGUUUCGAAUUUUUUUUUACAUCUUUUUUUGGCUUGGCCAAGUUUCUUUGCUGUUGCUAAAAAUACCAUCCUUUCAAAAAAGGAGAGACAGAUGGAGGUCAAUUCUUCCCCCCAUAGACACAAGUCCCCCCAAAAACCACAUCUGUGUGUGCGGUAUCCAUGGCCAAAAAUGUUUUUUUUGCAUAACCAUGGCCCAAUUCGCCAGCUUUUUUUUUUUUACCCUGCGCCUCUUCAAUAUCCGAAAUUUCUAUUUUUUUUUUUUUGGCAGUGUAAUUUUUAGCGAAAAACUCCCUUUUUCACA